CUUUAAGUUCAUCUCAAAUCAUGGAAAGCUUUGCUACGGACUAUAAACCAAAAUGCAUGGCCGGGAUUCCUUCUGCUUUUAACGGCAAUAUCUCACAAUAGCAUGGCCUGUCAGAUGCGGGCCAAAUAAAUAAGGGUGGGCUGUGGUAAGAGGAACAGGAAGAGAGCAGACGACAGAGAGAAGGUAGCAAGGCAGACAGAAGGGCGAGUGCUUGUCACGUCAGCAUGUGAAACUCUUCAUAGCAGGGGGUUUUUUUCGUCAUAAAGAUAUUGACAAGACAAGUGACAAGCCAAAAAAUGCUGUGCUCCGUCUGUGACUUCAAAAGAUGAUGCUUUGAAGAGACAAGGACAAAAAAAUCAAGGGAUUGACAGUAGGAUUAAUGGACUGCACAGAGAUCAAAGUUGAAAUGGCUGAAGAAGGGCUGCUGGAGAGUCUUGUCAUCACCGAAGAGGGAGACAUAACCGAGAGUGUCGCUGACAAAGGGGCAGAGAGCAGUUCACUCACCGCACAGAGCUGCAGCAGAGAGUCGGGUCGGAAAGAGGAAGAGGAACACACAGGGGAGGACGAGAAUGAAGAAGAUAUAGUGAGUAAAAUGUGUUUAGAGGAGCAGAGCAAGGAGAAACAACAAGCCAACGCAGAGGAUGAUCAGAUAGCAGAGGCUAUUGUGACUGAAGAGGACAAAGCAGAGAAAACUGAGAAUGAUGGACAAAACAGAGGUGAUAGUGAAAGAGAAGAGCACACACAUGAGGUAAUGGGGAUUAAUGAAAAACCCGAGACACCCAGUGACACAGAGAAUGAAAAGAUUUCACAAGAUGAUCCUCAAGUGGAUGUAAAGAGGUUAAUUUCCUCUGAGCAACAACCUGAAGGGACAGAAAACCAAGAAGAGGAUCCAAAAAAGGCUCACCGGUUAACCCCUGACUUCCCGGAGGCGCUCUACGAGCUGCUCUGCACCCUCCAGGAGGGGAGACGGCUCAAUGACCAACGCUGCUCCUUCAGGAUGGAGAGUGGAAUGAGGAGGAGGAGGUGCCACUCUGAGCCCAACACCACCAAGCCAGCCAACAGAGUGGUCUUUUCCUCCAUGACUUCACUGCAGAGAGAGGAGUUCUUUGAGCUGGUGGCCACCGCUCAAGCUCGCCGACUGGAUGACCAGAGGGCGCAGCUCGAAAAGUCCCAACCGGCAAAAAUAAAAGCCAGAGGUUUCAGAGGCAGCAUAAAGCAGCUCUCUUUUGUGAAGAGGCCUGCGCCUGCCCCUGCGCCUGCACCAGUUCCUGUGCCUGUGCCAAAAGAGGAUCUGUAUAACAUGAUUCUGACAACACAAGCCCAGGGCAGACUGGAGGAUCAGCGCAGCAGGGCUCCUGGUCCCAUGGACGAUGAGGACUUCUUCUCCCUGCUCCUGAGGGUCCAGGGGGGACGCAUGGACGAGCAGAGGACUGAAUUACCAUGCAUGCUGCAAACCUGAGAUGGAAAACAAAAAAACUGUGCAGUGAGAGCCAUCCAGUAUUGUAGCUUUCUUAUUUUUGUUAAAACAGGAUGCUUUUUGUUGUUGACUUUAAUGAUGCUUUAUUUAAGGGAAUUGUUGUCCUUCCUGAUAGUGUUGGUCGGUUUUCAAGCUCUUCAGAUUGUAGCAAAGAAAACGCUAAUGUUUGUGCAACAGAGCUUUUAAUGUGACUUGAGGGACGUUCCUGAUGAGAUUGUAAAGUUUACUGCUAGUUAGCGUUUUAUUUCUUUCCUAGUAAACAGGAUCAGUAGAUAUGCUUUCUUAUCUUGGCAAAGUUCUUAUUUUAUUGAGUGUCUGCGAUGAGUGGUUGAAUGAUUUUGUGUGUGUUCCAUAAUGAGGAGGAGGCCGUCUACUGAUCUCUAUUGUUUCUCCUUAUUUGUACAGUAGACAGUAAACACACCAGGAAUGUUGUCAAGGAGAUAAGAGCUCCAAAGCCACACAGGGUUUGACUGUAUAUGGAUAAAUCUCCUCUAUAAAAUAAACUAAGUGUGUAUCUGA